GGAUGUAAUUCUGUUAGCAGUCCAGAACUAAAUAAUAAGUUUAAACGAAGAACGUGUGUGUUUGAGAUCAAAAAUGUCUUUAUUCCACAUCUUCCUAUUCGGCAUGGUUGCAGUUGCUUACGCACAAGUGUCAAUGGCACCUGGUUAUAAAGAAAAGUAUCCUCAAUACUAUCACCUGUCAAAGCAAGCUCGUCAUCCUAGAGACGUGAGUUGGGACAAGCAAGUUGGUAAAGGCAAAGUAUUUGGAACACUAGGUACCAACGACGAUGGUGGUUUAUUUGUAAAGGCGCGCAUUGAUGACUUCUAUGCCAUCAUGCGAAAGCGCCUCGCCUCCUUGCUGUCGAGGCUCCGCGACACUACCAGCACCAUUCUGAGCGUGUUCGCUGAUAAUUUGUCCCAGGUGGCCGCCUCAGGUAGUGGAAUAUGGAACUUAGAUAAGAACACUAAGCUGUCAGCUGGAGGCACCUACCAACAAGAGAUCGGUCGCGGAAAACCAGACCUUGGGGUCCAAGCAGAGAUAGAACACAAGUUUUAACGACAUAUGUUGAAAUAUUGAGAAGAUUUUAGCUAGAACAAAGCUGUGAUGUCUUAAAUUUUUGUAAGAAU